CGCAAUCUUUGACCGGCUGUUGUGUAGCGGAGUGACAGGUAUGGCGGAGGCAAUGGAUCUGGGUAAAGACCCCAAUGGGCACACUCAUUCCUCCACUCUGUUCAUGAGGGGAGACGGGAGCUCUAUGUCGUUUUACGUGCGGCCCAGCCCCGCCAAGCGCCGGCUGUCGACGCUAAUCCUGCACGGUGGCGGAACCGUGUGCCGGGUGCAGGAGCCCGGGGCCGUGCUGCUGGCCCAGCCCGGGGAGGCGCUGGCCGAGGCCUCGGGCGACUUCAUCUCCACGCAGUAUAUACUAGACUGCGUGGAGCGCAACGAGAGGCUGGAGCUGGAGGCAUACCGGCUGGGACUGACGGAGCAGGCUCCAGACACAAAGCCCGGGGCUUCCACCGACGGCUCCACGGAGCUGGAGCCGCAGCCUCUGACCGGGCGCCUCGCCUUCACGGACGCGGACGACGUGGCCAUCCUGACCUACGUGAAGGAAAACGCCCGCUCGCCCAACUCGGUCACAGGCAACGCCUUGUGGAAAGCGAUGGAGAAGAGCUCGCUCACGCAGCACUCCUGGCAGUCGCUCAAGGACCGCUAUCUCAAGCACCUGCGGGGCCAGGAGCACAAGUACCUGUUGGGAGACGCCCCGGUCAGCCCGUCCUCCCAGAAGCUCAAGCGGAAGGCUGAACAGGACCCCGAGGCUGCGGAUAGCGGAGAACCACAAAACAAGAGAACACCAGACUUGCCUGAAGAAGAGUGUGUGAAGGGAGAGACCAAGGAGAAUGAUGAAUCAGUCAAAAAACUCUUUGAGGAAGCCACUCGGGAGUUUGAAGAAGCUGUGGUGGGUGAGAGUCCUGACUUUGAAAUACAUAUAACCAUGUGUGAUGAUGAUCCUCCCACACCUGAGGAAGAUUCUGAAACACAGCCAGAUGAGGAGGAAGAGGAGCCAAAAGUUUCUACACAAGAAGUGGGAACUGCCAUCAAAAUCAUCCGGCAACUAAUGGAAAAGUUUAACUUGGAUCUAUCAACAGUUACACAGGCUUUCCUGAAAAACAGUGGUGAGCUGGAGGCCACUUCCUCCUUCUUAGAGUCUGGUCAAAGGUCUGAUGGUUAUCCAAUUUGGUCCCGGCAAGAUGACUUAGAUUUGCAAAAGGAUGAUGAAGACACUAGAAAUGCAUUGAUCAAAAAAUUUGGAGCUCAGAAUGUUGCUCGGAGGAUUGAAUUCCGAAAGAAAUAAUGGACAAGAUAAUGAAAAAAGGUGUGGCCGAUGAAGAUAUCAAUAUCUUGUGACCAUGGAAACCGAGCAGUACUGCUGUUCUGUGAGCCCCAGAUUUUGUAGCCAAGCAGUGUUUUGUAGCAGAAUGAAACAAAGAAACUGGAUCUAGAGUGGUCCAUGGCAAGUAUCUCUGUUUGUGAUAGGGAAAUCUAAACCAGAGAGGUUUGUCUAUACAGUAGCAAUUCUUUGUUGGAAGGCAACCCCUGUUUUAUUGUGACAGGAGCCUGGUGACAAAAAGUUGGAAAUGAAAAGGCAUGGAUCUUUUCACUCUGUCUUUCGGCAGAAGUCAUUUUAGACGAAGAGUCCCAAACCAAGAGUCUAGAAAUAAGAUUUAAUUGCAAAGCUUAUUACAUGGACUGCUCUAAACCAUCCUCUCUAUCCCAGGAAGCUCUGAUUUCUACUGUGUUGAAAAAUCCCAUAUUCAGCUUGCUAAGAGUAUUUGUAAACGCUGCUCCUCCCAUGGCUGUUGCUUUUUGAGCUCUCAGUCAAGUCUCUAGUAUGUAUUUGCUUACAUUUUGUGUAACACUAAAACUCUAGACUUGUGGGCGUGUCCAGUCUUUUGACAUUAUAACAGAUGUCAUAUACAAACUUUAGUCAAGAAUCAAAGAAAAAAAUCAAAUUACACACAUGUAAAAACAUCUCAAAAAACCUCUGUGCUAUCAGUUUAUGACUCUGUAGCUAUCCUCAGCCACAUGGAGGCUGCUGGUUAGAUACUGUUAAUUGUGAUGUGUUGUUUUUAAAUUUUAUCAAACAUAAGUUUUCUGUUGAAAAUUAUGCUAGACUUAAAAUUUAGUAGGUUGGUCCACUUUUGUGUUGCUUUUAGCAUUCAAAAUAAAUAGAAUUUUGUACUUGA